GUUAUGCCUGUCCAUCCCCCGUGACCCGUCGGGUCCGGAGUUGACCCUAUUCUGUACCAAAUCUGGGGAGUGGGGAGGAAUCCUCAGGACAGGAUUCGGACAGUCCAGCGCUCCCCUAGCCCCACCCCGGGAGUCCCUGGCGCGCGGGAGCUGCGGUUCGCGGCGGGUGCCUUACACCUGCCAGCGUCUUCUCCACCCCCAGCUGUGAGGCCAAGACUCCCCAGUCCCGGAAGGCGCCCCACACCUGCUGCAGUCGUGCGUCUCCCCGCAGCUGCGGGCCUGCGCGUCCCGCUGCCGAGAGGUCCAAGACCAGAGCAGAAAGGCUAGGAUCCAGCCAUACCUCAAUGGACCCCAGGGGCAUCUUGAAGGCAUUUCCCAAGCGGAAGAAAAUUAACACCAAUCCAUCAUCAAAAACUCUUGCAAAGAUUCCCAAGAGGGAAGACAGAGAAGAAGCAGGAGAGUGGCUGAGCUCCUUGCGGGUGCACGUUGUGCCCACCGGCAUUGGGAGAGCCCGGGCAGAACUCUUUGAGAAGCAGAUUGUCCAGCAUGGUGGCCAGAUAUGCCCUGCUCAGGCCCCAGGGGUCACUCACAUUGUGGUGGAUGAAGGCAUGGACUGUGAGCGAGCCCUCCGCCUCCUUAGACUGCCCCAGCUGCCCCCAGGUGCUCAGCUGGUGAAGUCAGCCUGGCUGAGCUUGUGCCUGCAGGAGAGAAGGCUGGUGGACACAGCAGGAUUCGGCAUCUUCACUCCCAAGAGGUACCUGGAUCAAGCACAGCUCAGCAAGGCAGACCAAGUCUCUUUUACGCCUCCUGGAGUCAGUGAGGCUCAGCCCAGGACAGCCCUGUCUCCUUCCCGACCUCUCACCAGACCUGUAUCUCCUUCCUGGAGGACAGAUGCGGUUGCAAGCAUCCAAGCCCAGACCAGCUCUGAUGGUGAAACCAGUGAUGGGGAAGAGACCCAGGUUAGUGCUGCUGAUCUGGAAGCCCUGAUCAGCGGCCGCUACCCCACCCCCUUUGAGGGAGAUAAUGAGCCUAGUCCAGCCCCCGAGGGCCUGGAUAAGUGGGUCUGUGCACAACCUUCAAGCCAGAAGGCGAUCAACUACAACCCCCAUAUCACAGAGAAGCUGGAAGUACUGGCCAAAGCCUACAGCGUUCAGGGAGACAAGUGGAGGGCCCUGGGCUAUGCCAAGGCCAUCAAUGCCCUGAAGAGCUUCCACAAGCCUGUCAGCUCCUACCAGGAGGCUUUUGGCAUCCCUGGGAUUGGAAAGCGGAUGGCUGAGAAGAUUGUCGAGAUCCUGGAGAGCGGGCAUCUGCGGAAGCUGGACCACAUCAGCGAAAGCGUGCCUGUCUUAGAGCUCUUCUCCAACAUCUGGGGAGCUGGAACCAAGACUGCCCAGAUGUGGUACCAUCAGGGUUUCCGGAGCUUAGAAGACAUCCGAAACUACGCCUGUCUGACUACCCAGCAGGCCAUUGGCCUGAAGCAUUAUGAUGACUUCCUAGACCGCAUGCCCAGGGAGGAGGCUGCAGAGAUUGAGCAGACAGUCCGGGAAGCAGCUCAGGCCCUCAACCCCGGGCUGUUGUGCGUGGCAUGUGGUUCAUACCGUCGGGGAAAGGCAACCUGUGGUGACAUGGACGUGCUGCUCACCCAUCCAGAUGGCCGCUCUCACCAGGGCGUUUUCAGCCGCCUCUUGGACAGCCUCCGGCAGCAAGGGUUCCUGACGGAUGACCUGGUGAGCCACGAGGAGAACGGCCAGCAGCAGAAGUACCUGGGUGUGUGCCAGCUCCCGGGGCCAGGGCGGCGACACCGACGACUAGACAUCAUCGUCGUUCCCUACAGCGAGCUUGCUUGCGCCCUGCUCUACUUCACCGGCUCUGCCCACUUCAACCGCUCCAUGCGGGCUCUGGCCAAGACCAAGGGCAUGAGCUUGUCAGAGCAUGCCCUCAGCACAGCUGUGGUCCGCAGUGCCCAAGGCCUCAGGGUGGGCUCUGGCCAAGUGCUGCCCACCCCCACUGAGAAGGACGUCUUCAGGUUCUUAGGCCUGCCCUACCGAGAACCUGCUGAGCGGGACUGGUGACUUGGCUGCCCAUCUUGGCCGUUCAGCCAGCCUCAGCAGGCUGAACCUCACUGCGCCAACCACUGGCUCCUCUGGGCUUGGGAAGGGCCAGCCUGGCUCCCAGGACGGCCUGGCCCUCUCUGCAGCAGGGUCAGGUGUUACCCUGUCUGCCUCACCAUUGCCCCUGAAGUUGUGCACAUGGCCCCCUGCCCCAUUUUAGGCAGGAACUGGUACCUGGCUUGGGGCCAGCUUCCUGCUUUGGAGGCCCAGGCAUCCCCACUUCUCUGCCCCAAGGAGGGUCUAGCUACUGGGGGUGGGAUGGGGGCUGUAGGGGAGAGACACAAUACUGUGGCCCAGCAUCACCCAAGACCCUUCAGAGCAAACGAGCCGCUCCAGAGGUGCUUCCUCCACCCACCUCCCUUGCAGUGCAGCUGGCAGUGUGGGGAGGGGGCACCCCAGGAUCGACGAGGACAGCGUUUGAAGGCCCAGAGGCCCAGUAAAGUGCACUCGAGAUUCAG